AUGGACGCAGUCAAGACCAUCGUUUUCCUUGGUCUCCUGAGACGUGCUUUGGCUAUUCCAAAGUUCCCCGUGAAUGAGAACCAUACCAAGAUCAAUUACCCAACCGAUGUUGGUUCUGGAGAAGUCAAUAUCUUCUACACUGGGUUUCCUGCUUACCAUCAGAUGGUCAUCGAUCAAGGGUACAACGUCACUGCAGUUAACAUCUCGCUUCGGAAUGAAGCAGCCAACCUUGUCAAGGCUGGUUUCAACGUCUACGUUCUCUUUCAAGGCCCUGACCAGCCAGUGUCCAAUAUCGCUGACCGCAUGGCUGGGACUCACUGGGGCGUUGAUGCUGUUGGCUGGGGCCAACGGGGUGCUGGUAACUCUGAUGUUACUUAUCGGUUUGAAGACAACCUCCAUCAAUACCGAGAGUCGGCCCCUCUAACUCCUACUGUCUUCAACUGGGGCCCUGAUACUUUGGCCGAAUCUGUUACUCGCCGUGUCCCUUUGAACGAAGAUUGCACCGACAAGCCAGGAAGACUUUUGGCAUACGAGGAGAUUUGCGACCCCAAGCUUUGCGAGAAAACUACCGUCGUUACCAAUGGAAGCCUUGAAGAUCUGCUCAAGGGCCCUGGUGCGUAG